AUGGGCCAGCGUUAUGCGUGGGUCCAUGUGGCAGUCACGCCGUGUGUGCGUGUCUGUGUCCGGGUGGAAAAGCCAGACCAGGCCGAUUGUGGGCGAUGUGGGGCUGUCAGGCGGGUCGGUGGAUUGGCACUGGUCUACUCGCACCCUGCUUCUGUCUACCCAGUUGGGUCUCUUCCUCUUCAAGACCGUUGGUCCCACCCGUCUGUCUAUUGGGUAAGUGCUGUGCGAGGUCAUUCCUCAUCUCAUCUGACCGCACUCAUGCCACAUAACCUGCUACAGCCGCGCGCUGUGUGUGGCGAGGGAUUACUUCUCCUGUGCAGUAAUACCCUUUUUGGAGUGUCCCAUGUUUGCAACUAUCCUUAUCUGCAGAGAAAAACAAAGGGACAAACAAAGUCCGGAUGCAAGGUGCAAGGCAGGAAAGGCGGUAGCAUGUGGCAAUGUCGGGGACCAGCGAGGAAGAUGCUGGUGUACAUCCUUUGGAAUAAAGUUGAAGUCUCUGAUAUAACGGUUCAGAAUAAAUAUCCAAUGAAGAUGAUGCGUGACGAACAGCAUGGUGAUGAUCCAUAA